AUGCCCCGAGAUCCAAAGCUAUCCAUAGAUAUCGCUGCGGCUUCUCGAGGCCAUAGAAGAGACACCUCUCGCAGAGAUACUCAAAACCCCGAGAACGAAGGCACGAAUCUCGAGGAGGAAACAGAUGUUGAACCCGAAGAUAACGAGGACGAGGACGAACUCUCUUCUGUGCCAUCCAUACCCGAUGAGAACAUAGACUUUGAUUUUGUAUAUGCUUUGCAUACGUUUGGGGCUACUGUAGAGGGUCAGGCCAGUGUAGUCCGAGGAGAACCCUUGACUCUCUUGGACGACUCAAACAGUUACUGGUGGCUAGUUAAAGUAUUUAAAAGCGAGGAAGUUGGAUACAUUCCUGCUGAGAAUGUCGAGAUGCCACAGGAACGUCUGGCAAGAUUAAAUAAACAUCGUAAUGUUAACUUAUCAUCCUCACAACACCACGAGACAUUGCCAGCUGUCAUACAGAAGCCAAAGCCUGUCGUUAAAGCUCGCCUCAAUGUUUCAUUUGGUAACCCGUUAGCAAUAACUGCUGAUGAUUUGGUCGAGUCAGAUAACGCUGAAAUUGCAGCAGAUGAUAUCCAAAUUUAUCCUUCCGUAGAGACGGACAAUAUUGGUACCGAACAGAAGGCUAAUGUAAAUUUUGAAAGAGAAGACCAACUCAUCCAAACUAAUAUACAACCAAGUCAACAAACACAAAUGCAACAAGGGGCCAUUCAGGAAAACGAAAACAUGCAAUGGGGAGAUCAGCAGCUACUGCAAGGACCUAUGCAAGCUAACACUCAGUGGGCGGAAGACCAACAGAAAACAUUUGACAACAACGCUACGUUCCAGAGGACUGACGAUGCUAAUAGGCAAAUUAUACAAGGACAAUAUAUUCCUAGUGCCAAUAAUUACAGUAGCUAUAGUAAUAACACCUAUCAACCUCCAGAUAAUGCUCCCAAUCAAGAAGUUAUAGAUGUCGUCGAACAGCCAUCUGGAGAAACUAUUAAGAUGACGCUUACACCCUCCCUAGGCAGCGAUUAUAUAGACUUCUCUGAUGAAGAAAAUGAUACCCGAAAGGAAGUGGACAAGACCAGCAAGUUCUUCUUCGAUGAAGAAACGAGAAUGAAAGUUUCGAUUGAGGAAUAUAUGAAGGACCUGCCCCCUGAGGAUACUAAGAAGGCUGGCAAGGGUAAGAGGGAAAAGAAGGAAGGCAUAUUUACGAAAUUUUUCUCGAAAAAGAAGCAAAAGGUAAAGAAAGAAGAAGACCAACAGAAACCAGGUGCAACAUCUUCUGUUCAGGUACAACCACUGCCGAGGACAGAUUCGCGACAAGGUACCCGCUUACAGCCACCUUCUGUGCAGAUGCAAGGUCAGCCAUAUGCACAAAUGCCUCCAGAACAAGGACCAAUGCGAGGACAAGGGUUAAUGCAGGGCAAAGGUCAAGGGUCAAUACAAGCGCAAGGAUUAACACAAGACCAAGGUCAAGGACAAAUGCGAGGACAGUGGCCGGUGCAAUCGCAAGGUCUAGUACAAGACCAAGUGUUGGUACAAGGGCCAAUGCGAACGCAAGAUCAAGGUCAAAUGCUAGUACAAGGGCCAAUGCGAGUACAAGGACCAAUGCAAGGUCAAGGUCAAAGUCAAGUAGUACCAGGGUCAAUACAGACGCAAGGUCAGGGUCAAAUGCUAGUACAAGGACCAAUGCUAGGACAGGGCCCAACACAAGGCCAAGGUCAAAUGCAAGGCCUAAUACAAGAUUUUGGUCAAGAAAAUUUCAGAGAUCCAUUCCAACCAUCAUCACAACCUGUCCAGCAAUACAUGGCUCCGAAAAUGCAGCCCCAAAAUGUUCGUAGGACGCCAGAUUCCAUCAAAUCUAUUUCUCAAGCAGCUUCCGACGGUUCUUCAGCUCCCACAAGCCCUCUUCUUCAUGUUUUAACUGUUCACCCAGGAAAUAACAUCCAAACAAAUGUCAGUUAUAAGACAAUAUUACUAAGCCGUUCGACCACGGUAACCGAACUUAUAAAGCAAUCGCUCACGCGAUUCAAACUAGAUAAUCCAGUAAAUUGGGAAGAUUAUUUUAUAACGGUGAAGGAAUUUGAUGGAGAGGAAAUUCAUCUUAUGCCACACGAUCACCCACUCGAAAUUUUCCAGACACUAGUUUCCGCAUCAACAACGCCUCUUCCUCAAGUCAAUCGAGAAUCUAUCUCAUCCAUAUCAUCUGAACUGUCAAAUGAUGCGGUGAUUAGAAAUCUGCGCUUGAGUGAAUUUCUAGAGAGGAAUACCGUGAGAUUUUAUCUAAACAGAAAGAACAAGCGCAGCAGCCGUUCCUCUGGCGAGCGACGAAUACGUGUGCACGUGUUGAUAUAUCAUGAUGAUCUGCCGUCGUAUUUGAAAAAAGGUUCCGUCCCGCGUGUAUCAAUGUCUGUACCAAGGCAUCUUGCUGAUAAGGCCGCGAGGAGGCGGUCUCCUGGAGAGGAAGGAAAGCCGAGGGAGAAAGUAUUGAUAUUUGCUGGGCGCGCCACUGUUGCCGAGGUUAUUACAAAAGCCCUCGAUAAAUUUGGAAUUACCGAUGGGAUAGUCGAUGAUGGUUCAUAUAUUACCGACGGUGAUAUAAGACCGAGAUAUAAUCUGAUGGUAUUUGCUGAUGGUGAGGAAAAGGUGCUUCAAACCAAGACCAAGAUCAUUGACGCAUGUCCAAACCAACCCGACUUUCGGCCACAGUCUGUUGAUUCUGUCGAUUCGAACUUGUCAUUAACACCUGAUUAUCGAUUCGAAGAACCUAUAUUUGUACUGCGAAUGUCUAAUUCCGAAGAUCAUCAACGGCAUGCCAUGCCUGAUCUAAAGUCCGGCCCAGAACCUCAAAAGCCUGGCAAAAAUGAAGAGACCUUAUCGCGUAAGCAGCUUAUAGAACAGCAGCGCGAAUACAGUCGUGCUAGGCAACGUUCGAUUCUAACUGCGCAUAAGAAUGACGCUCAAGGUGUCGAUAUUGUAACUAGCGCUGGCGCAAUUCGUAGUUCUCGCAUAUUCGGCCAAAAAGUGCGGUAUUCGUUUAUCCCGCAACAAGGCGGGGAGGAAAUUGAUAUUAGUGAUAUCAUUGAGAACAUUUGGGGUGGAGAGAUGGAUGAACAAGAUAACGCAGAAUCAGAUGAAGAAAUAAUACGGAGAAACUCCGAAUCGCGCGAUAAUAAAGAUGAAUACAUUGCACCAUUGUCCAUCCAGAAAAGAGACUUACCGAAUAAUCGUCGAGCAUCGACAAGAAAGAGCUUGACAGCUGAGACCGACAUACUGAUGGAGACUGUUGAUCAAGUACAGGGCGAUAAUAUUCGAAUGAGUCAAUCGUUGGAGGAAAAGAUAGAACGUGUAUUGCUUACAGUAGCUUCUGGACAGUAUAAUAACAAAAUACCUGAAUCUCCUACAGCACUUAGUCGUCAACAAUCAGAUAGACCGAAAGUAGCCACUGUUCAGGAACACACACGGUUUCGUCGUCUUAGUCAACCUCAUAAUCGACGCUCCAGUAGCCAGACAUCAUUACCUCCAGUAUCAACAAAUGCUACUAAUAGUCUGGAUUCUCCGAAAUCCAAACAAUCUCAAGGAAUCUCAUAUCCUCGUUCUAACAAGAGUAAUCCAAGCCGUGCUAGAUCGGGCUCUGUUGCUUCAACUACUUCUCUCAACUCAGUUGCUAGUCCUACGCAGGGUAAUAUUCCUGGAAGACCUUCCUCUCCAGGAAUGGCUUCGGUGGUUGAGAGUGAUUGGGUUUUAUCGGAUGACUUUGGACUGCAGGAACUUCUGGUCCUUGUUAGAUCGAGUGUGAAUUUCAUGGAGAUGAAAGAGAGAAGACGAAGCGGAUGGAAAUUGCAGGACGAUCCCGAAAAAUUUCUUGAAGACAUCAAUCCAAAUGAGUUUAUAGACGACAUUAAGACGCUUUACUUAAGCAUGGAAUCAGAGUUGGAUGUAUUAGAAAAGGAACUCGACACAUUAAUGAACGAUGCAUUGAGAGUAACAUAUUAG